UUCAAUCCUCGCCAAAACCCCUCUCUCUCUCUCUCUCUCUCUCUCUCAAAUGGUUUCAAAGAUUUUCAAGAAAAUACCCACAAGACCCACCAAAGAGCGGCGGAGCCUCCUCCACCGCCGGAAAAAGUACUCCAUAAAGACCACUGUCGUCGCCACCAUCAUCACCACCUUCCACCGCCGCCUCAUCAAAAUCUUCUCCAAACUUUCCAAAAUCUGCACCCGUCCUCAGAAAAACAACAACAACAAAACCCACCCCAAAAAACAGGGCAACCGAAUCCUCCAAACCAUCACCGCCGCCAACCUCCACCGCCGACCCCAGUACUCCGGCGGCGGCAACCGCAUUCUCCCGCCUCCUUCUUCUCCCGAAAAAAGAACCAUUUUUCUCGAUCUCGACGAGACUUUAAUCCAUUCCAAAUCCGAUUCGCACCCAGAAAACUACGAUUUCGUCGUAAAGCCGAUCAUGGACGGAUUCAGCGUCGAUUUCUACGUAUUGAAACGCCCAUUCGUCGACGAAUUGCUCGAAUUUCUCAGCAAAAGAUUCGAAUUAGUCGUAUUCACUGCCGGGCGGAGGGAAUAUGCGUCGCUUGUUCUCGAUCAGCUUGACCGGAAUUCUGCGAUUUCAUACCGGCUGUACCGGGACUCGUGCUGGGAAGUCAACGGGAAGUUCGUCAAAGAUUUGGCCGGGUUGAGGAGAGACCUGAAGAGGGUUGUGAUCGUCGACGAUAACCCGAAUUCGUAUGCUUUGCAGCCCGAAAAUGCGAUUCCAAUUCGACCGUUUACCGACGAUUUAUUGGAUGAUGAACUCCGGCGGUUGAUGGAGUUUUUUGAAGGAUCUGACAGGUUUGAGGACAUGAGAGAUGCUGUGAAGCAAUACGUUAAAGAUGAGAAAUUUUGAAUAUACUAUUUUUUUUUUUAAAUUUUCUUUUCAUGAAAAUAGUUUAUCGGAUGAAUUAUGUUCAAUUUUGAUUUCAUGGAGGGAAAUCACAUAAAAUUUGUUUAUUUGUGUUUUGUAUAUUUCUUUAAAAGAUUUAGUUAAUGUUAUAUUAAGAAAUUUAAAGAAAUUAUACAUUUUACAUAAAAAUGUGUAAU